AUGACCAGCGAGCCCCUCAAUUUUCGUAUUGCAAACCAGCAGGAUGCUGUAAAACUUCAGCAACUGAUAGAAUCGGCAUUUCGCGCCGAAGACAGCAGGCAGGGAUGGGUCGGCAGCUCGGAUCUCGCGUCACGCUUUCAUAUUGAAGUCAAGGACAUCUCAGCCGUGAUUAUUAACCCAGCUACGGCUUUCCUGGUGGCCAGCGACGAUUAUGGCGCAAUUUUGGGCUCUAUUGGAGUUUCAAAACGCGCCCUUGACCGCGCUCGCCUCUUCAUGCUUGCAGUAGAACCACAACACCAUCGUGGAGGGAUAGGACGCCAGGUGCUUGCAUACGCCGAGGACUACUGUCAACGCACAUGGGAUUCCAAAAUCGUGGAACUGAAUGCCCUUUCGACGCGCGAGGCUCUUAUCUCAUGGUAUCUGCGCCGCGGUUACCGAAAGACGGGAGACUCGGCACCGUUCCCCAGCGAGGAGUACGACGACCUGGCGUUGCCAGCGGACAUGUGCUUUAUUGAGUUUGAGAAGACUAUGGUUCCACUUCCCGUUGCAGAAAUAGUCAUAUGA